CCUUUGACUCACCCCACCACGCGUCAAAAGCAAUCGCGGCUCUCUGUCAUCAAGGAUCUUCAAUUGACGACUGGACGAACAAAAACUGCAUUUCAAGUAGAUCAGAUUCUUGCUGCUCUGUUGUUGAUAGUCCCUCCGAGAUAACACCCAAUUUCAACCCGUUGCCCUCCCUCAAUCAUGGCUGACGCAAUCACAGAGGGGGCGGCCAAGCUCCAGCUUGACGAGGAGACAGGCGAGAUGGUCUCCAAGGGCGAAUUGAAGAAGCGCAUGCAGAAGAGAGCCAAGAAAGCCGCCCAAGCAAAGGCCAAAGAGGCUGCCCAGGCCACCGCCGGCGAUGCAGAGAAGAAGGCACCUGCCAAACCUGCAGCAAAACCCGAGGAGGUGGUCAUUGAUGCCGAUGCCAUGUUUAAACAGGGUUUCCUCGACGAAGUCUUCCGCAACCGACCCAUGAAGCCCGUAUUCACUCGAUUCCCUCCCGAGCCCAACGGAUUCCUUCACAUCGGUCACGCCAAGGCUAUCGCUAUCAACUUCGGAUUUGCGAGGCACCACGGCGGCCAAUGCUAUCUGCGUUACGACGACACGAACCCCGAAAAAGAGGAGGAAAAGUACUUCACGUCCAUCGAGUCCAUGGUCCGGUGGCUGGGAUUCUCGCCGUACAAGAUUACCUACUCGAGUGACAACUUUGACAAGCUCUACGAGCUGGCUGAGAAGCUAAUCAACCUUGGCAAGGCCUACGUGUGCAAGUGCGACGACGCCGAGAUCAAGCUUCAGCGUGGUGGCGAGAAGGGCAAGUCACCGCGGUACCGGUGUGCCCAUGCCGACCAGACCCCGGAGGACAACCUGGCUCAGUUCCGCGAUAUGCGUGACGGAAAGUACAAGGAGAGGGAGGCAUUCCUGCGCAUGAAGCAAGACAUCACCGACGGCAACCCUCAGAUGUGGGACUUGGCCGCUUACCGUGUUAAGAAAGCCGAGCACCACAGAACAGGAGACAAGUGGAAAAUCUACCCGACAUAUGAUUUCACCCACUGCUUGUGCGAUUCUUUCGAGGGCAUCACCCACUCCCUCUGCACGACCGAAUUCAUCCAAUCGCGCCAGAGCUACGAGUGGCUCAACACAACUCUCGGGGUAUACGAGCCUCAGCAGCGCGAAUAUGGCAGGCUGGGUCUCGGCGGCACUGUCCUGUCAAAACGCAAAAUUCUCAAGCUUGUCGAGCUGGGCCACGUUCGGGAAUGGGACGACCCCAGACUCUACACUCUGACGGCAAUCAAGAGGCGCGGUGUCCCACCUGGCGCCAUCCUCGAAUUCGUCAAUGAGCUCGGUGUCACUACAGCCGCAACUGUGAUUCAAAUUAAGCGGUUUGAGCAGACGAUUCGCCGGUACCUUGAGCGCACUGUGCCCCGGUUGAUGAUGGUUCUGGACCCACUACGUGUCGUUAUUGAGGACGCCGACGAUCUCGACGGCAAACCCCUCUCAAUCCCAUUCUCUUCCAAGGUUCCCGAGAUGGGUUCUCAUGACUUGAAGUUCACCAAGACAGUCUACAUCGACAGGUCUGACUUCCGAGAGGUCGACAGUAAAGACUACUUCCGCUUGGCCCCUGGCAAACCCGUGGGUCUGCUGAAUGUUCCGUAUCCCAUCAAGGUGAAGUCAUUCAGCAAAGACAAAGCAACGGGUGAAGUAACAGAAGUUCGGGCCGAAUUCGAUCGGGAGAAGAAAAAGCCCAAGGCCUACAUUCAGUGGGUACCUGAGGGUUCUCGCAAGGUUGAGGCCCGUGUGUAUAAUCCGUUGUUCAAAUCGGAGAGCCCGGACUCCGUAGAGGGGGGCUUUUUGGCAGACAUCAAUCCAGAGAGCCAGAUCAUAUACCCAGACGCGCUGCUAGAGAGCGGAUUCGAAGAGGUCAGACGGCGUGCACCAUGGCCUGAAGCGGCUGGCGAGAGCGAACUGGGCAAGGGAGGACCGGAGAGUGUCCGGUUCCAGGCCACUAGGGUGGCUUACUUUGCCAUGGACUCCGACAGCACGGAAGACAAGAUUGUUCUCAACCGCAUUGUGUCUCUAAAAGAAGACGCCGGCAAGAACUAAUUCGAUGGUUGCGGCCAAGUGAGGGGUUGGUGUAUAUCACAUCAGCAGGUACAGCACCAAUACUCGUAACUCUCAUAAUACCUGAGCUGUUGCGAAGUGGUUUUUGUUCUUGAUGUAUUUUAUGAUACCAUAGGAAUUCGCGAAAAUGUGCCACAUUGGGCGCGUAUUCUAGCGAGGCCCGCAUCUGAUGUCUACUUUGACUAGGUAUGGAAUGAUUUAACAUCUCGCCGAUAUUUUUUUAUACAUCUGGCCAUUUCAGCCUGAAGCCAUGUCUCGGCAAGCGUUGAGCCAGACAAGUCCAAACGAAC